CAGAGUACACAUCAUAGGAGAACAAAGCGAUGAAUUUAGCUGCGUUUAUCAUUUUCAAGAUUUUAGUCAUGAUUCAGGUUACCCGGAUGUUUGGCUGGGUUUUCCAUUUAAUAUAUUUCAAGGAUGGCGUUUGAACAGGAGCAAAACUCGUUUUACGGAAAAAAACACAACACACCGACACCGGUUGGGAAGUUUUCUGAAGAUAUAAUUGCAUGUGUUGAAAAGUCGACAUCGUACAGUUUGCCAUCUACAAGUGGAAUGAAUCAAGGAUACAGUAUAAACAUUUUAAACGAAAGUGGUGGAAUGAAUGCACGUCAAUACCAAAGUGAUGUAGGUGGAGAAUUAGGAUCUGUUUACCAACCUCAUGGAAGUACAUAUAACGGAAUUAUAAAUCAUAAUAACUUUUUUCAAGGACAUAGUCCAAAUAAAGAGGGUUUGAACACACAAAAGGAAAUGUCAUCUGGUGCACAUAUCGAUCAAGGACAAACACAACAAGGCGAAUACGAACAUCGCUCGUAUGGACCGGAAGGGAGCAAUCAGUGUUCAUAUGGUACAUUUAAUGGUGAACAAAGCAACUUAUUACCACACUCGUCUGUUCAACCACAUGCAAUGGGAUAUAGCAUAAAUAUGAACACUGCAUGUAUAAACCAAGAUUAUAACCACAAUACAUGCGCGUAUACUUCUCACACUCGGGAUGUAGGGAGAAUGUCUAACAAUUGUCAUAGAGUAGCAAGUGCAUCGAGUAAGUCUACAGAUUAUCCGCGUGCAGAAUAUCUUAACACACAGACAGCUUCUCCAAGUGCAAGGAACAAGCGACAAUACAUGAGCUGUUCACCAGUAGAUAGUAAGCUUCAAGACUUAACUUCUACAAAUAACGGAUCGAUUUAUGUGGCUGACAAAAGCAAUCUAUCAUCAGCCCAAACUGCAACCAGUCCGCAUGAGUCUUUAUGUGGGCGCCAAGCAACCUCGUGUUCAACAGGAGAGAGAAGUGAAGCUCAGACCACUUCACAAGAAAGGAGCAUAUAUGAAAGACAUUCAAGAAACCCUCCAAGAAAAGCUUCAAAUAAUGGGAUAGUUACAUCGAGGAAUAUAAAGAAUGUUGCAGAAAAUUUGGGAAAGGGCUACGAAUCUCUGGCUUUAGAACUGGACAUUGAACAAAUUGGCAUUGAUAGAAUUAAGGCAGAUAACAACAACAACAUGGAACAGCAAAUUACUGCCAUGCUUUUUAUGUGGAAAAACAAUGCGGGAAAAGAAGCAACGAAAGAAGUUUUGCUAGGUGCAAUACAACGAACUAAAUACCUGUCGAGAAAUAUAGACCCAAUCAGGGAGAUACUGCGUUAAACGUGACCUAAUUCAGCAGUAUGUUAUCAGUUGUGUACUACCAUUAUGACCCAUUUCUAUUUUAAGGACAAAUAAUGAUGUGUUAGCUGUGGGUGACUGCGUGCACGACCAUUCAUAAAUAAAUUUCAGCAGAACAAAGAUUAGAGGUAAAAAUGUCGCAAUGCCCAUGACAAAAGUAAGUCGCAAUACCGACUACAAACUACAGUACAAUACAGAGAUAAGAGUCAAAUACUACGCACGCAAUAUCUCAGCGAACAAUUAGUUUUCAAACGGAUGUCAUGAUCUGAUUUUAUCUUAUAAACAAUUUUUAUGACACUCGUUAAACUGUAUUUCAAUACGUUUGCUAAUACGUGUUAUGUUACAAUAAUGGCUUAUUUAAAUGCUUGUUAUCCAAUACCAGCCCUUUGAAUUUAUUGCGGAUAGGUGGAUACAAUUGCAAACUUGACACUCAGUUGUUUGUUAAAUGCCUCGUAUGAUGUUUACAAUAAAAUAAUAAGAUAA